AUGGAAGAGAAAGAAAAAAUAGAGAAUAUAAAUAUGAUAAAAGAAACAAUUUUUGGUUUACCCAAUAGCAUUAUUUUAAAAAUAAUACAUAACAACACAAACCUGAAAAAUUACAAGAUAAGAAAAGAAGCAGUUACUACUUUAGGACGAUGUUUGUCUAUGUUCAUUUUAUACAUAACUGAUGGUGCCAUAGAACAUUGUGAAAGUGAAAAGAGAAAUACAAUUUUUGUUCGUGAUAUUUUAAAUUCGUUAGAUGAUUCAUUAUUUCUUGACAUACACGAUGAAUUAAAAGGACAAAUAGCUAUUCAAGAAGAAAAUAAUAAAAAGGAAAAUUCCAAAGAGGUUAAAAAUAGUACCAAAGCAGACAACACUUGUAUUUCAGGCAAGACACAAGUUGAUACAAAUGAAAUUAACAAACAUGAUGACUUUGACAUACUGCUACAAGCCCUUGAGUAA